AUGGCCAGGAGUAAAACUCGGAAACGUUCUGGAAACAAGCAUAGUAAGAACGGAUCUGUGCUAAAUAGCAGAGCUGAAAUCGCCGCCUUGAUUGAUGCAAGAAAAGUUGAACAUGACAAGAAGAGUGGAACAGUUAUCAACAAACAGUCAGUGGAAAAAUUCGCUAAUGAGAAACUAAAAAAAGAAUUCGAGGAUGUCAUGCAAAGAUUUCAAAUGCAAGAGGGCAGCGCUGGCCCGAAAGAAAUUAUAGAAGAUAAAGAGAGUAUUGAAGUCGCUAUUGCCGAGGAAAAACCUGUCAGGGACAUAAAACAUACACUGGAUGAUGAGUUGGAGGAUACGGUUUUGGAUAACAGCGAAGAGCAUUUUUCAGCUAGAAAACGUAGGAAACUAGAAAAACCAUCGCUAUCACAGCUGAAAAGCCAGGUGCCGUAUCCUCAAGUUAUAGAAUGGUACGAUUGUGACGCAAGGUACCCAAGCUUACUAGCUUCCAUAAAAUGCACUAAAAACGUGAUUCCCGUUCCGAAUCACUGGCAGUCCAAGAAGGAAUAUCUCUCUGGCCGUUCUUUAUUGGGUAAAGGACCUUUCCAGCUUCCUGACAUUAUCAAAAAGACAAACAUAGAACAGAUGAGAUCAACGCUUCCGCAAAGUGGGGUGGAUGCACAGGACGAAAAAUCAUUGAAGGAGGCCUCAAGAGUAAGAGUCCAGCCGAAAAUGGGCACUCUCGAUUUGGACUCCAAGAAAUUACAUGAUGUAUUCUUCAAGAUAGGAGCCAACUGGAAACCUGAUCAUUUGCUAUGCUUCGGUGACAUCUAUUAUGAGAAUAGGAAUCUUUUUGAAGAGGCUAAUUGGAAAAGAAUGGUUGAACGCAAAAGGCCCGGGAGAAUCAGCCAAGAACUACGCGCUAUCAUGAACUUGCCCGAAGGACAGUUACCACCGUGGUGUAUGAAGAUGAAAGAUGUUGGAUUACCUACAGGAUAUUCUGAUUUGAAAAUCGCUGGUUUGAAUUGGGACAUAACGAACUUGAAAGGGGAUGUUUAUGGUAGAAUAAUCCCACACCAUAAUUCAAGGGUCAACAAACUGCCUACAAAUUAUUUUGGUGCAUUGGUUUCGUUUGAAGUCCCUGAAGUUGAAAUUCUAAAUGGGAAUUCGCAGGAAGAUGCGGAAAAUAGGGUCCCUGGUGGAAAAAUUAGCGAAGAAACAGAGCUUAAAAUAGAUCACGCUCAAGACAACAUAUCUGAAGUGAUAGACUUGGAAAGAAAAAUCGAGAAAAAUGAAGGCGAAUCCAAGAGGAAGCUAUAUACUGUAUUAAAAUAA